AUGGACAACAUACUGGACAACGGCCUCAACGACACAACCAGCAACUACUACGACUACAGCAACUACUACGACUACAGCAACUACGACGACUACAGCAACUACUACGACUACAGCAACUACUACGACUACAGCAACUACACUGACUACAGCAACAACUUUGAAUUUUUUUCCCUCUUUGGCGUUCCCAGUUCUGGUGAAGAUGCGUUCAUCCAGUUUGUGGUGACAUGCCUAAUCAUUUGUCUCGGCCUUCCUUUGACCCUCGGGGCCAUCUAUGGUCUUUUCUCUCUGGUGAGAAAUGGUGAAGUUGCUCCGAUCUACGUCAUCAACCUUCUCAUCUCUGACCUCAUUCAGUUCUGCUGCAUGAUCGCUGAGGUGGCACAGCCUAAGGACUGGGACGUGUUCAUGUCUGAGUACUGGGAGAUAUUUUGGGUCUUCCACUGUAUUUACAUCUACAGUCUGAUGGCCAGUAUUGGCUUCAUGGUGUGCAUCGCUCUGGAAAGGUAUUUGGUCAUCGUCCACCCACUGUGGUACCGCUGCAGACGAACCAUCAAGACCUCUGUGCUGGUCUGUGUCCUGGUCUGGAUCAUUCCUGUUGUCCCUGUCCUCACUGAGUUUUUCUUUUUUAUUGACAGUGUCCACAUAGUCAUUUCCACCAUCUUUUACCUCCUUCCUCUCCCACUGAUCAUAUUCUUCCUGAUUGCGACCCUCAAAGCCCUGUAUGCUUCCAUCUCGGUCCCGACUGACGAAAAACGACGAAUUGCAGGAAUGUUGAUCCUGGUGCUGCUGAUUUACACGCUGCUGUUCCUGCCCGCCAUCAUUAUGUAUGUGUUCUUGUACGAUUACUUUACCAACCGAUAUGCAGGCAUCAACCCACAUAUUGAACGUCUCUCAGACCUGGCUCCUGUGUUUCUUAAGUUGAGUCCUCUGGCAGACUUAGUUCUGUAUAUGUUGAUGAGGAAAGGGACCAUACGCCAGCUUUCAGCCUGUUUGUGUCGCUGCAGAACAGACAGCAAUGAAAUCAGAUCUGUAACUGUGAAUAUUAUCAACAUGGUUCAGAAAGUGUUUGCUGCCUACGACGAGAUGAGCAACUUUCCCAGUGACGAUGAGAGAAAGAUGAAGCUGUAUGCUGAGACUUUCUCCCAGACUGUGGGGACGAACCUGUCUGGCUUCUUUAAGGCCUGGGGCUGGCCCCUAACCAGA